ACACCGGAAUGAAGAAGUGACACUUUUCAUCGUCACCAUGUCCGGGGAACUUAAAUCAGGCGUGGGAACCGCCAACCCAUUGAAAAUAUUUGCUAACUUGUUUAUAUCUUUCAUAGGGGCUGGUGUCUUGGGUUUGCCUUAUGCCUUCAAAGAGGCUGGGAUCAUUGAGGGUGCUGUCAUCAUGGCUGUUGUAGGAGCUCUGAGUGUGAAGGCGAUGUUGUUGUUGAUUGAUUGCAAGUACCGCCUGCUAGAGAAGCAGCAUCCUUCCAAGGAUUACAAAUCCAAGAGGAGGAAAGAUUUUCUGAAUGGCUCUGGGGUGCUAAGUGCUAUAGAGGAAUACCUGCCCGAAGAUUCAGUGGACCUUCUGCCCCAAAAAGACAGAGAGGUGUCCGUUGAAGAGCCAUCCAAACCUGUGGCCCCUGGAGAAGACAUAGGCUAUGGCUCUUUGGGUUACUAUGCAUUUGGGCGAACUGGUCUUCUGAUUGUGGAUGCGGCCAUUGUUAUCUCACAAACAGGUUUUGUGUGUGCAUAUCUCAUUUUUAUCUCAGAAAAUCUCUCGGACUACUUACAUGGAAUGAAGCUAAUCCACUGGUUGUUGAUCCUGUUACCCCCGCUGUACUUGUUAACCCUUCUCCGCCAUCUCAGUAGUCUGGCCAUAUCAAGCAUGUUUGCACAGAUGUCCAUCUUCCUGGCCUUCAGUGUUGUUUUCUGGUUCGAUUUUGAGCAUUUUCAUAACAUCGAAAUACAUCCCAAGAAGAUCAGGUUGAAGGGAUUUCCAUUUUUCCUGGCUAUAGCAAUGUAUUGCUAUGAGGGCCAAGGCCUGAUUCUCAACCUGGAGGCUUCUGUUUCUCAGGAAAUCAGACAUAAAUUUAGAAGAUAUUUUAUUAUUACAUUAGCUAUUGUGACAGUGCUGUACAUUUCUUUUGGGAUGUGUGGUUACAUGUCCUUUGGUGUUGAGACCAAUGCAAUCAUCACAUUGAAUUUGCCAAAAGGUGAGUCCCUGGACAUCGCCAUGAUUGUCAAGAGCUGUCUCUGCCUGGCACUUUUCUUCACCUACCCAGUCAUGAUAUUUCCUGUGGUGAAGAUACUUGAGGGCCACUUCCUUCCAUCAGCAGAGACUCGAAUCUGUGCAGGGAAUGUGCUGCGCUUGGUGCUGGUGCUGUUGACAGGUUGUAUUGUAUCCAUGAUACCAAAUUUUGCACACCUGAUGGCUCUGAUAGGGGCCACAUGCUGCAGUCUGCUGGCCUUUGUACUGCCUGGCGCAUUUCAUCUCAAGCUGUUCAAGGGGUCAUUAUCAAAGUCAGCUUUAGCUCUGGAUAUAUUUUUCAUCUGUCUAGGAAUUGUCGGAGCAAUAUUGGGUACAUGGGACGCCCUCAAGAGGCUGGGUGGAGAAACUGAACACGUCCAUAUAGUACCCUUAGUGACUAAGUUCAAUGAGACCACAGGGGUGACAGAAAUCUUCCCGGGCAACUGGAGCUCAACAGUCACAGUUUAACACAACCACAACUGUCCCUACUAAACAUUGACACCAGACUUGCAGUGGAUAUAUUAUUGCCAGUAAGCUUUAUAGUACAUAUAUCCCAUCAGACCCUGGGGAACAUUAACAUCGCUCCGUUCGAGGACACAGUAGUUUAGGGACAUACAUACAAUUAUAUACUGCGUAAGACUCAUGCAUGGGCUCAGUAAGACCAAUAUUGAAGUCAAGGCAUCACCAUGUAAAUGUACAUGUCAAAGGUUUCUUGAUACAGAUAUCGGCAUGUGGAUCAAAAGCUUGUGAAACCUUUGACUUUGAUAUGGUGAUGCCUCGACUUUGUUAUUAGUAAUAUUUACGUCAGAUCUGAAAUCCAUCACGCCUUUUCCUACUUAACAUUAUUAGCAUUGCCUUGGUGCUGCACACAUUAUUGUUUCACCAUAAAACAUUUAAAUUUAAACAUUAAUGGAGGAUAUACUAUUUUCAGUAGAAGUUCUAUAGUAUGUUACUGCUGGUCUUAAGUCCUAAUACACUUUUGAACAACCAGCUCAUGGAGAGAGAUUUUCUCACCAUACUCAAACUGCAGUCGGAUGAUGUGUUGUACUAUAAGAAUUUACCUGGGUCUAAACCUCUGAUUAAUCUGCAGUAGAUUCUACUGAUAAUAAUAAUAAAGUCAGUCAUCAAACAACAGAUUUCCCCCAUAGCACCUGUCAUUAAAAGUCAAAGGCAUAGGAAAUGUGUUUAUCAUAUCCUGACUAAAGAGCUAUAUUUAGUUAUGCCUUUAAUGCAUUUAUGAUCAUAAACUGGGUCUUGGUAGCUUUAUGAGCUUGGGCCUUUACGUACAUUUAACUUUCACCUUGGUAUAAGCCAGUUUUUGGUAAAGGAUUUUGGUAAAAUUUGGUAAAAGUCGACCCAUUUACACAACUGGAAAUACAGAAGUAUUCAUUAAUACAGGUAUUAAUAGUGGUUAGAAUAUCAUGAUUAUAUAUGAGAUGAAAACGAAAUGAAAAGCAAUAGUCACAGUCCAUAGUGUUUAAGAUGUUUUUUGGAAACAAAAUACAUAUUUUUAGAGAGAGUGGCAGUUCUACAUUGUGUCCUGUAUAUCAUAUCAUGAGGGACCAAGUUAUACUGUUGUGUUCAAAAAGUGUGAUUUGUUGGAAAGACAUAUGUACUUUGUCAAAUGGGAAUACAUUUGUAUUCCUCUUGAUGUGUAACCAUCACCCUGUGAACACAGCUUAACCCCGAAAAUUCUAUGACAGUUUACGUGGAUUUUGAGUUUUAUUUAUGUAUUAUUGAAUUGAAGACGUCAAGUCUUUUUAUGCAGCUUUCAGACGUUUGCUCCAUCUUCCAGCAGAUUAAAUUUUUGACCUGAUGUUACUUUCGAUUGGAUUGCGUGUACUUAUACAUUGUCAUGUAUAUACAUACCCCAACACAUCAUGUAAUGCCAAGGGCAGAUUUGAAUUCACGUAUCAUGGAGUUUUUUACCAAGAAGUUUUGAUCAUGGUUGGAAUCAAAGUGUAAGCUGUUUGUGGAUGCACAAUGAUUGUAGGAUUCGAAUGCCAGUUUUAUUCACAGUUUAAUAGACAUAUCAUAAAAAAUACAUAAACUUAAAAUGCAUUGAUUUUCCUUUUUUUUUGCGGCUCUGUGUCUUUUUCUUUGAUUAUUAUCAGUUGCCAACACUAAGAAAUUGCUGAUAAGAAUUGUGUUACUGUGAUUCUAAAAUAGAGAAUUCGAGCGUCAUGAAAAGUAGAUCUGUUUGACAACACUUUUUGAAGUUUGUCUUCCAAGUCAUAUCAUUUAUGGUAAAUUCCAGCAAACUUGAUCUAGUCAGGCCAUUUUUCAUCAUAUACGCGAUGUCUCGAAUCACACUUAUUUCAGUUUUAUGCACACAAUAAUGAUACAAUGAGAUAAGAGGGAGUCGAAUUGGAUCAUAAAACAUUUAUAACUGGAGGUUCAUGAACAAUUCAUGUCUGAUUGACAUGAUUGAUUCAGCUUUAUAAUUAAUUUAAAGAUGUAAUAUUGGAAUUUACAUGCGGUAUACUUAGUUACUUUUCCCCAGUGUACUUUUUGGUUUGGCAUAUUCGUGAACUGGUAUUACUUGUUAAUGACAUCGCUAGUUAAAGUAACAGCUCUAGCUUUGUAAGGCAGACAGAAAGUAGUUACUGGGGAAUUCUUUCAUGAAGUGGUGUUUGAUUUUAAUCAAAAUUUCAAACUUUAUUAUAAUGCUUUAGUUUGCUUUAGUGCUCAAGAAAUUUAACUUAUAAUACGUCUAUCCUCUUGAGUUUGGUACUAAGCAAGAAUCAAGUAAAUAAAUAAAUUAGAUCUAUCUAAUCUUAACGCGUGGUAGGUUGUUGAAGCUUUACUUGCAAUGAUGAAAAAGAAAAACCAGGCAAAAUAUCGAGUUUUAAAAAUUACCUUAAAUCAAGUCUCUUUUAAUCCAACCCACCCUAUGACAGGUAGAAAUCCGGACCAGUGAGCACCUUUAAUCAGUGGUUCGUUUCGUGUGUCCAGAUAUUACUCAGUAGCUCAUUUCACGUUGUGGAUGGGGACAUGUACUUUGAGAUACUGAGUUUGAGAUGUGAUAGAGAUACACGUCAAUCUUUUUCUUUUGUAUAGGUAACUGUAUUUUUGUAACAGUAAUAUACACACAUUUGUUAAUGAUGAGAAGAUAUUUCUUUUUUUGUGGGGAUAAUGGUUUCGUUUUAAGAGCCUUGCCCGUUGCAGGGUGGCGGGCCACUUUGGUAAUAUAUAUACAUUUAUGGUUUGUUGAAUAAAUAUUUAAUGUUUGUACAUACUAUGAAAGUAUACAAAUUAUAAUGAUUUGUAUGUGUUGGAUGUCUAUAAAUCCAUAUCUUGUAAAUAAAAAAGUAAUUU